AAGGUAAUUCGCUCAGGUUCAUUCUUCACCAAAACUUUCACUGAAUGUGAAACUUAGACUCAGGAAGGAGAAAAUCUGCUCCGUAGUUAGGGUUCGCAAGUUUCGAUUGGCACUGCAACAAAUUUGUGGAAAAAGAAAAAGAUUCGGUUGAGUUCCGAGGGUUUUCUGUAGCAAUUUGGUAUCAGAUUGAUCGAUGGCACGAGCACGCAAUCUAAUGGUUGCUGCGGGUUUGGUUGCUUUCGCUGCAGCAGGCAUGUCAUUUCCCUUCUACAUGGCUUCAUCAAGGAAGCCUGUUAUUGAUCCAACAAAGCCACUUCCACCACAAGCAACUUUUCGAGGGCCUUACAUCAACACAGGCUCGCGUGAUGUUGGUCCUGAUGUUGAGAAGAAAUGAAACAAGUUGAGUUAGAUGAUCAAGCUCAUAUUCAUAUAUAUGCUCGUUGUUUGAGAGAUUUUUUCUCACCUCAGUUUGGUGAAUUGUGAUUCUUAAGCACAAUCUUGGAACUGAGAAAGUUUGAGGAUGGGAGUUCUUUUCUGGAAGAGGUCACUCAAUCUGUAUGUAUUAGAUGAAUGAUGUUAUUUGUCAUGUCACUUGUAUCUGUAUCUUCUGUUUCCAAAAAGACAUGUAGUGUUGCAUGCCUUUGUGACCACAAUAACAACAACAUUUUUGUCUCGCUGGUUUAGGUUGGUUAUAUGGAUUACAAGAUACCAUUUAGUUCAGUUAAAGACCAAACGAGAUUCGUCUUAAUCACUUGUUCUAAUGUCUUUGCUGGUCUUCGUUUUUGAUAGGACUGAAAAAACAUGCAAUUUACUAUCCUCAGUAAUAUGUUUUCUUCAUCUUGUGACCAUAUAAUUGUAAAAACUUUAAGCUCUAGCAAUUUGCACUUUUGGCUAAGCUUAGCUUGUGGUUGGAUUUGAGUUUGCAGAUUUUCUUUUGCUUAA